CUUGCGUAAAUCAAAGGAAAGAUGGCGGAACCGGAGGGAAUGGAUGUCGAUUCUCCCGCAGUUCCAUCGACUUCUUCAGGCUCCAACAAGAAGAGAUUCGAAGUUAAAAAGUGGAAUGCUGUUGCUUUGUGGGCAUGGGACAUUGUGGUCGAUAACUGUGCCAUCUGUAGGAACCACAUCAUGGAUUUGUGUAUAGAAUGUCAAGCUAACCAGGCCUCCGCAACUAGUGAAGAGUGCACUGUAGCAUGGGGUGUCUGUAAUCAUGCUUUCCACUUUCACUGCAUCUCUCGCUGGUUGAAGACUCGUCAAGUCUGUCCACUGGACAACAGAGAAUGGGAAUUCCAAAAGUAUGGUCGUUAAAAGUGAACCAUUCUCCCUUGCUGCUGGCUUCUUCAUUUGUGCCUGGAUUAUAUAACUUUGUGUAAAACAAUCCUGUAUAACAUUGCUUUUUUUGUCUGUUGAUGAAACAUUAAAACUCUUUUUCUUUCUCAA